CGGUGCAGCAACGGUUUAGAAAGUGUGCUGACAAAUCGAACUAUUUUCUCGAAUAUUGUUUAUUUAAUUUUUAAAACAACCCACAUCCCGAUUAAUUUUAUUUGUGCGCAUUUUUUUCAUAUAUGUAUAUUAAUAUAAAAAUGAGUUGAGAACGAAGUUCGCAGAACUCCUUCACCGUCUUUGCCGAAAUAAGAGCGGGCAAUAUGAGGGUGCACUUUUUGUGACACGUAAUUCGAAAUUACAAAUAUGCAAUAACUUAUAGCCACUUUUGCUUGCCGCUCGGUCAGUGUUUUCACGACUACACUAAAUGUUGAAAGUGUUCCAGGUGAAUGACUCUUUUGAAUGCUAUCGGCUUCCGGUCAAGCCACCCUUUGACUUUCGUCACGACAACGUUGUAAUGUGUACGUGUAAACACACAUUUUUAUGUACAUACAUAUGUAUGACUGCUUACAAACAUAUGUAGUUAUCGCAAAUGAAAGAACCCUGAACUAAGGUGGUGUUUCUUAAGUUUCUGACCAUUCAAGUGAAGCAAAAUUAUUUUUAUUUCUGAUGAAUUAUGGUGCAAAACGCCUAAUAUUGAGCUGCAAUUGCUCAUUGUAACUGUCUAUAGAUAGUGUUGUUUCAAAUUUAUUUGUGUCCAUAUAAAUUAUAUGUAAAAAACUCAAAAAAUUAAGAAAGUUCGAAAUCAUAUUUUGUGCAGUGAAGUUACAGUCUUGAUUAUUGAGAAGCAAAAAUUGUAUUAUAAUGAUGUGUAAAGGCAAAUACCACAAAAACUAGUCAUAGUUUUUUGCUCGCAACGAAAUUAUAAUCAGAAACAAAUAUGCUCCACCAAAAGGACUGCUAUGCUAAUGCACAAUACAAUUUAACUGCCAUUAAAAUCAGUAGUUUUAAUCGACACAAUAAAAAGCAACGACAGCCUAAACAGUUUCUGUUAUCAAGGAAUCCGUGACUGUAAUCACUCCGAACAACAAUCUUGAAUUUACUUUGAAUUGAAAAUGAGGAUUACUUAUCAAGGCACAAUUCUCUUAUACGGCGCAAUUUUAAUGUUUCUCAAAUUAAAUGCCACUACUGGUGCAAUCUUGGAUUCACGUUGUUAUCUUGAAGGUGGCGGUUCAGCAGAGAGCUUUCUCGCCAAUGAAGAUCUGGAAGUGGGAGCGAUUAUUGGAAAGCUACGAAUAAAUGGAAAUCCCGAAAUAGAAGGUGGUGAUAUUGAUUUAUCUCUACGCGAAAAAGACGCUCCAAUCAAAAUAAUAUCAAGCACCAAAGAUUUGUCUCUAUCUGUGCAAUUGGACAAGGAAGGAGUUGUGGGGCCCUCAUCAGUUUAUGUAAAUGUUAUUUGUACUCGUCGUCGAUCUGUUGAUCCGAGUUUUGUGAUUCCGGUUAAUGUACGCGUAAUCGAUGUCAACGACAACUCCCCGAUUUGGAUAAGUGCACCAUAUACCGUAACGCUUUCUGAAGUUACUGUAUCCGGUACAAGAAUACUACAAGGUGCACAUGCAGAAGACGCAGAUCAACCAGGUCCAUUUUCUACAGUCGAAUACCAAAUAUUACCCGGACCGUAUUCGGAUUUUGUCCAGUUUUUGAACCCUCUCGAAGGUACAUUAGUACUAAAAAAGUCGUUGGACUACGAAACUAUGCAAAAUUUUACAGUGAAACUUAGGGCUCAAGAUCAGGGUAGUCCGCCAAAAUAUACGGACACAACACUAAGAGUAGUGAUUACAGAUGCAGAUGACCAAAACCCUAAAUUUCAAUAUAACUCCUACACUGGAGAGCUCCCAAGCGAUGGACGUCCCGGUGAUUUAAGGUUACGUCCAGAACCCAUAAACGCUGUGGACCAGGAUGAAGGCAUAUGUGCUCCUAUUCAAUAUACAAUUGUUCAAUCACAGGAUACGACAUACUUUCGAAUAAACCCUCAUAGCGGCAUUAUAACAUUACUGACACCCAUCGGCUAUGCGGAUCUAGUUAACGGUGCGACACUGGUGGUGAAGGCAACACAAAUAGACAAUGCCGAUCGCUAUGCCUUAACAACCGUUAUGUUAACACGGCAAGGAGUGCGUUCUGAUUUAAGUGCGCUGUCAUUUGUGCAGCAAAAGUUUUUCAUGCGAAUACGCGAAGAUACGGCUGUGGGAAAUCGCAUUUUAGCAUUGCCCUCUAACAAACCGGGAAAACACUUAAAAUAUACAAUAUUGGAUCCUGUAAAUUCUCAAUUUUUUAGUGUGGGUUCAUUGGGUGAAGUAAUAUUAGUUAAGCCUCUCGACUAUGAGAAGAUGACAAAACAUAAUUUUCAAGUAAUGGCAACGGAUGGUUUGACAAAUAUUACUGCAGAUAUAACGAUGCAAGUUAUCGAUGUAAAUGACUGGGAGCCUAGAUUUCGAGAGACACAUUACGAGUUUGUGAUUCCAAAGAACCAGGCUCUUCACUCGUCAUCUGAAUCAUUGGAAGGUGUAAUUGUUGGAAAAGUAGAAGCAGCCGAUGGGGAUCGUAACGACAAACUCGAGCUAUCGUUGAAAGGACAACACGCUGGUCUUUUUGAAAUAGAUACGAAGGGAUGCAUUUACAUGCGUCCUGAGGAGUUACAAGGGCUUAAUGAAUCCACAGUUCAUUUAAUAGCCACAGCAACUGAUUCAGGGAUUCCACCACGUAGUACCUCUGUGCCAGUCACUGUGACCAUGGAAAGACUCGCAAUUGCUCAAACAUCUUGGAGUACCAGUUUCAUAGGAAUGUUAGGCAUAUUCAUAAGUGUAUUUAUUAUUAUUAUUAUAAUUCUCACAUGUUACAUAAUCCACUCAAAGAACAAACGGCGAAAGGGCACACCACCUUUAGGACGAAAUCGGGUCCACAGCCAUGCACACAGCACAAUGUCUUCCGCAAACUUAGUCACUCACGAAAAAAUUUCCAAUAAUGGUACUGGAACUGUCGUCACGAGCGGCAAUAGUGGAGUUUCUGUGCUGCAUAUGAAGCAUGACGGUAAUAUAUCAAUGUCAAACCCAAUUAGCAGUGGUCUAAAUCAUUCCGCAAUUGGCAAGAGUCUGGCAACGAAUUUGGAACAUGAAGCUAAGGGUGAUCAGGAGCGUGAUCGGGAAAGACAGCGAGAAAGUUAUGCGGCGACAGUAAGAAUCAUUCUUCCAGGUAUAGUGUCACGAGCCUCUGCCAAUGGGCAGUUGUACGAAGAAGAUGAAAUAGAGAAUGACUCCCUUUCAAACAAGAACAGGGAAUCAGGUAACAACAAUAAAGAAACAGCGUGGGAAGAGUCAACUAGUUUGCAAAGAGGAGCAACUUCUAUACCAAAUUUAGACUGUAGUAUCGUUAGAGCUUCAAAUCUUCUGGCGGCAACAGAAAUAAUGGGUUCUUCGGAAAAUAAUUUAACUGUAUAUUUUUAGACAUUUUGAAAAUCAAUCAAAAACUUUCUCUUAAUCCUCCUUGUUGUCGAAACUGGAAAUUUUUCGUAGUAAUUGAUAAUUUUUAGAUUCGUUUAUUUAGUCAUAGUUUAUAUAUAAUAAUAUAGUCAUUUGAAUAAUAAUCAUUCUAUGUCUUCAACGAAAUUUCCCACUUUAUACUUCCACAUUCAAAUUUUGUAAUAUGAAAACUAAAAUUCACUGGCGAAGUACGUGAGUUCGACGGUAGAAUUAUAUUUAUUAGAAUUACUUUUAAUAAAAAUCUGUGCCUGUGUAUAUUUUGAAAAAGCGUAA